UUAGACAAUGGCCAGCUACAUCAUUGACAUUGAUCAUCUCGCGGAAGAAGGUUUUUACGAAUAUGAUGAUCUCCUCAUUCAAUGAAAAUCUCUGUUCUUUGAGCCACACUUUGAACCUAGGAAACAGAAAAAUGUCACUAGGAGCCAGAUCUGGUAAAUACGGUAGCAAGCGCAGCACCCAAUCCAACGCAUUAACUUACGCAAUUAACUUGCGCAUAUCUAAUUCUUCAGUGAAUAGAGUAUAUGAUAAAUAUGUUUUUCCAAUAUUUUCACAGCUUCUGCUAAUUCUCUAUAAUUUUAACAGUUGUCCAGUACAACUUGGUACAAAUAACGGUAUGGCGCACUUUAAAUCUACUUCUUCUCAAAUAUAUCAAUAAUUUAAGCAAUUUAAUCAU